GCCGGCUUGCGGAGCUGCGGAGGUAAAGCGCAGCGGCUUCCUGCUCCGAUCUCCCCGCCAUUGCACGGCGGUGCCUCGCAAAGGGUAUAUGUGUGGAGGUCAUGCUGAUCGAGGCGCCAGAACACAUGAGAAUGCAUGCACUCGCGUCUUCGUGCGACCGUGUUGCGUUUUCGAAGCCGGCGCGUGUGAGACGUGGAUUAUCGACAGGAUCGGACGAGGAGAGAGAAGGGAAGAUCGCAGAGAACGAGAUAGGAGAAAGGGUACAACUGAGAGGCAGGCUCCGCUAUUACGCUCUACAAUGACGACGGUGCUGCUGCUGGUGUUGUUGUUGAAGAUGAUGAUGGAGGUGGAGAAGAGAAGAAGAUGGGAAAGCUUCACCCUGAGCGCGGACCUACAGAACGGCCCACCACUAUCAGCAUCGCACUUGCCGUCCCAUCCAUGCCAUGGACGGCAGCAAGCAGCAAGCAGCAAUCACUCCUUCUCAAAGGAAACAAAUCAUACAAGCUUAGACAUGCUUUUCUCUGAGAGGUACAACACAAUGUGAGAAAAGAGGAAUAACGAUAUCGCAAAGGAAGCUGGGACAACAACGAACAUGCGUGGAAAAGCGGUUGCUUAAAAGGACCACAUACACCUCUACCAUCUUCCACUCUUUCACUAGAGAAAGUACCAACUGGGA